CCCGCCCUCGGCCCCCAUUGGCUGCCUCCGCCCGCAGUGGGGCUGCACGGGAGCCCACGCCCGAGGGAGGGAUAAAAUGCGGCCCCUGCUCAGCGUCCUGCCACUUAGGACACUGCAGCCAGGAGUGACCAGGAGGAGCCACCAAGACCACGACACGCCUGUCCUCUGUGGACCCCUAGGAUGUCUGAGCUGGAGAAGGCCGUGGUGGCUCUCAUUGACGUUUUCCAUCGAUAUUCUGGAAGGGAGGGCGACAAGCACAAGCUGAAGAAAUCUGAACUCAAGGAGCUCAUCAACAAUGAGCUUUCCCACUUCUUGGAGGAAAUCAAAGAACAAGAGGUUGUGGACAAAGUCAUGGAAACACUGGAUAACGAUGGAGACGGCGAGUGUGACUUCCAGGAAUUUAUGGCUUUCGUUGCCAUGGUUACCACUGCCUGCCAUGAGUUCUUUGAACACGAGUGAACUAGAAAAAGCAGCCAUACUGUUCCUGCAGGGGAGACGAAGGUCACAAGAGGAAGCAGGGAACAGACGUGUGCAGGCAACUAGGAGCUGAGCUUUUCGCCUGUUGUAGCGAAUUAGGGAGCUUGAUAUGCUUUGUGAAUGAAAAAUUGAAACCUCGCUCCUGGGGCUGUUUGCAAUGGCCCCAUGGCAUUCUGCUGUAUUAGGCACUGUACUAGCUGACUGGCCCUUGGGAAUAAUCACUUAGGAAAAUCAGUGCUGUCAUGAAGCACAUGCUAUGCUGGCUGCCAUGGCUGUGUAGAAUCCUAACCUAGAAAAAACAAAGCUGACUACCAAAACGAAGUGGACAUUUGUGGGCUCCUUAAGUCUCCACUACAUUUAAAGUUGCAAAGCACUGCCCACCAUUCUUUGGAAAGGCUGCCCUACAUUAAAUUUGUUCAUCGUCAGUGCAAAUGACAUCUAAAGUAGAGGGUGUGACAAUGCUGUCCCACUCACCCACAGAGCACGGUCACAUUUAGAUCCCUUUUCCUAUGGUGAGCUAUGAUUACUGAGUAAGUACAGAGGGUGCCAAAAAGAUGUAGACACAUUUUAAGAAAGGAAAAAAAUGUAUUAAAAUUGUAAUAAUAUGUACUGAUAACAAAAGAUGAAUACAAGUCAUGUGUAGACAUUUUUUUGGCACCCCUGGUAUGUAACGCUAACAGUUCUAAAUGGAAAAAUGUGUCUUAUAAACCAAAUACUGAAAUUUUCACAGUAAUCAGAAGAGAAUCAAAAUUCGGUAUUUGGUGGAAUUCUCCAGAAGGGUUUAUGUGGCUGUCUGUGGGAUGCGAGGGCAGCAGGAGCGUGGCCGGCUCAGCUUGGGACCAGGUGUCCACUCCGCCUCUGGAGAUUCCCACAAUACAAGUAAUUUAGGCUCCUGUCUGAAAUGAUGUAUCUGGUUGGUUGGUGAACGUCAUUCCUGACUUGUUUGUGUCAGGCAGGGUCUGCUCAUGGCGGCUGGUGGUCAGUGUACGAAGAAAGCGGAACUUUAUGCUUUUGUAUUGCACAAAUUCAAAUAGAUCACGUUUCAAGUAAUCAAGUUACAAACAUUAAAAAUCACUUCCAGGAAAAUUCAAAUUAAUCUUAUCCAUCCUCUUCCUGUUUGUUUUACUUAAGGAUACAGACUUGGAAAUUCAUAGAAUUGAUCGCUUGUUUUUGCAUUAAAGUGCACUGUGACAAGUCUCCGUAGACAUUAAACAUGAAGUACAAGUGAAA